AUGACAAACGUUGGUAGACCAACAUGGUAUUCAGCAAGAGGAAGUAAACACCAAGGGGGAAUCAAUUAUGUACCAUCAAAGCAGGUUUCUGCACAAGACGUUAUUGUACAACCAGAAUUAAAGAAAAGGAAAGUAGACCAGUUAAUAACAAGAGAAAUGUUAGAAAAUACUAAUAAAAAACAAGAAGAAUUAAAACCUAAGAAAAUUGAAUAUAAAGAAAGUAGUGAUAAACAAAAAAUUAAAGAAGAAAUUAAAGAAGAAAUUAAAGAAGAAAUUAAAGAAGAAAUUAAAGAAGAAAUUGAAAGCGAAGACACUGAAGAAGCACUUAAAAAAGAAUACGAAGAAAUGGAAGAAGAAGAAGAAUUUGAGGAUUCUUCUGAUUCUCAAAAAUACUUUUCUGAUGGAUUGAUUCAAAGAAAGUGGUAUGAUGAUGUUGUAUUUAAAAAUCAAGCAAAAGAACCUCCGAAACAAACCCAGUAUAUUAAUGACACUUUACGUAAUGAAUAUCAUCAACGUUUUAUGGAUAAAUUCAUUAAAUAA